AUGACACAGCAGGAUAUUUCAUGUGGAUUAGAAUAUUCACUUACACCAGAUAUUCAAGAAUGCGUAUCAGAAGCGCUUCAGGCAAAUUAUUCCUUUAUUGUGACGCCGUUAAUUCAUCCACGCUUUCGUAGACCAUAUCUACCGCACAGAAUUCCAGCUGGAGGCUUUACUAGAUCAGAUAUGAUACUGUCUCCACAAGAUUGGACUAAUCGUAUCGUCGCUAGGGUGUCUCCAUAUCUCACUGUUGAUGCUCCAUCUCCUGUUGUACAAAAGCGUCAUGAGUACUAUUUACAUGAAGAGCUCCUAUAUUGUCGCGGUUUGGGUGUUCCAGCUGUUAUGAUAUCUCUGCAUUCCAAACAUAACACUAACCUGGCUAGAAUUUUGCAAACAUAUCAAGAAACAAGUAACUUUCCAACAUUAAUAUGGACAUCUGUACCAAUGUUUUGUAAACGGACAUUGAGAAACUCUGAAGAUCUUGAAGAUAACAAAUGUGAUGUUGCUUAUGAUGAAACCUGGUACUGGUGGUCUAGAUUUCAUCAAAAUAUGAAUUGGGAUAAAAGAGUUGGUGUUGUAUUAGAAAUAUCUGCAGAUUUACCAUCAAAUGAUAUUAUUAAAAGGUGGCUUGGUGAACCAGUUAAAGCCAUUAUCCUGCCAACACAUGUAUUCCAUAACAAUAAAAAAGGAUAUCCAGUACUAUCACGGGCUCAUCAACAAUUAGUGGUCAAUAUGGUGGAAAGAGAUGCACAAGUAAUUGUUAGUGGGGCCCGACGCUCAAAUAUUGAAUAUUAUUUACAAUAUUUAUUUAGACUAUGGCAAAGAAGACCUGCUGAUACUCCUAUGUUCAGUUUUGCAAGAGGAUGGGAGGACUAUCUACAGACACCAUUACAACCUUUAGCAGACAAUCUUGAUACCCACACAUAUAAUGUGUUUGAAAAAGAUCCAAUAAAAUAUAAUCAAUACCAGAAUGCAAUUGUUAAAGCACUUGCAGACCUUCAAAAGAAAAAUAGUUGUCAACACAGUUUAGAUAAAGAAUCUCCAACAUCCAAUAUAAUAAAAGAAAAGGGUCAAGGAGAUAGUGAAAGUAAUACAAAAGGAGAUAGUGAAAGUAAUACAAAAACUCCAGUCACUGUUAUGGUCCUUGGAGCAGGUCGUGGCCCUCUUGUCCGUGCCACUUUGAAUGCUGCUGAAAUGACUAAUACUGAAGUAAAGGUUAUAGCUGUAGAAAAGAAUCCAGGAGCUGUAGUGGUUUUAGCAGCACAAGUUCGGGAGUUGUGGUGUGAUCGUGACGUCACUGUUGUACCUGGUGAUAUGAGAUAUAUGAACUUGUCACCAAAGGCAGAUAUUAUAGUGUCGGAAUUGUUGGGGUCAUGGGCAGAUAAUGAACUCUCACCAGAAUGUUUAGAUGGUGCAUCAUGCCUCUUGAAACCAAAUGGCAUUUCAAUACCUUGUGAAUACACAUCUUAUGUAAAUCCAAUAAGCUCUUCACGAUUGUGGGCAGCAGCUAAAAUAGCUUGCCUUGGUGAUUCACAAAAAAUGGAAAAGAACUUAGAAACAUUGUGGGUGGUGUAUAUGCAAAAUAAACAUGACAUAGCUGAAUGUAAGGAAGUUUUUAAAUUCUCACACCCAGCAGAAGGUAUUAAAAAUAGUGAGGGUGAGACAAUGUUAGACUAUAGGGGGCUACCAUUAACUGACAAUCGUAGGAAAACAACUGUUACAUGGGAAGUCACCCAAGACAAUGUGAUGCAUGGAUUUGCUGGCUACUUUGACUGUGCACUAUAUGGCGAUGAAAUGUUAAGCAUUGUACCAAGUACACAUAGCCCUGGAAUGAUAUCUUGGUUUCCAGUAUUUAUUCCAAUAAAAACACCACUAAGAAUCCAUAAAGGAGAAAAAAUCAAGGCCACCUUUUGGCGUUGUGUUGAUUCUCGAAGAGUUUGGUAUGAGUGGAUAGUAGAAGUUAGUGACAAUGCAACUGUUCUUCACAAUCCUAAUGGACGCAGUUCAGAAAUGUUAUUAUAA